CUCACGUCGUUAUCUACCAAUUCACAAUGUUUGCCGACUGCCUCAUAUGCGGUGCUCCUGUUGCCAAGUUCAUUGAUGGCCGCAGCUCACCCCCACUGCCUGAAUGGAUGCGCUGCUUUCGCGCUGUGUAUUCUACUCUCGAUGAAUGGGACUCCGCUCGCCUAUCGGGAGUCGGCGAGGCAGAGUAUUAUUCCCAUCAUAUUCCUUAUGAAGCUUCUAUGGGAACUGGAGUGGCCCGCAGAGAUCCUGGUUCGCCCAUGGUUUGGUUGGAUCCUUUGAGAUUUAGCUUUAGCAAAUCAUGUCGCCGGGGAUACGGGCCUCCUCCCGUUUGGGGCUUCAUUUUUCACUGCAGUUGUUGGGAGCUCUUCUCUGCCAACUGCCUGUCCCAUGGCUUGACGGUGGAUAUCCAAGACUUGUUCCAUAUUUGCCGAUCGCAACCCAUCUCUGUAUCAGCCAUAGAUUGGGGUCACACAUAUGGCAGUAUAUGCGAUCGCGAACGAGAACAAGAGACUCUUUACGUAGGCGAGGAAGCCCCCUUCCUACUCACUCAACAGAUCUGCGAUAUGGGCAAGUUGGAUCCUUUUGACAUUCCGACGUUCAAGGAAAUAUUCCAUUCACAGCGAAAUCAAGACGCUGGGAUCCUGGACUUGCAGAGCCGACCUCCCGAGGAACCCGCAAAGCCAGAUUCAUUUUCCUCUCUACCCCGAGAGAUCCUAUCCCAAAUUGUUUGCAUGGUGGGCUCGAUAGAUGUCUUGAACCUCCGGCUAGCUUCACGUACGUAUAGCUCCAUGCCGUUGCCCGACAAAUUUUGGCGAUCCAGAUUUGAACUGGGAGGAGAGUUCGAGGAUGUAGGCGAGGUUGCCUUUCGAGUGAUGUCACCUGGGUCAUGGAAAUCCAUGUACAACGGCAUGAGGCUGAUUGAAUUAUCACCGGAAAUCGGAAAUCUAAAACGAGUUUGGAAACACACAAAUCAACUUCGCGGAUUGCUCCAGCAAAGAGAACAGGCGGGAUAUUGCCAUGGAACCACCGUGCGCUCAUUUUUCGAGCCUGACGCCCAGGCCAUGGAUAUGGAUUGGGUUACAGCCUCAGGUAAUUUGCUCGAACACAGGGGACAAGGAGCGUUCAAGGAGGGCUCGAUGGCAUUGUGGUGCCGCGCUGUCACACUGCCCGCCACCUGUGGAGCUGUGUCCAUUUCAUACGCGACUAUCCUUGAGAAGACAUACAUCUCGGGGAUCAAGAUAGAUCGCGGCAGCAAAGAGCAAAUCAAACUUGGCUUCAUUCACCCAGAACAGGAAGCAAUCCCUGACUGGGGGAAUGACAAGGGCGGGCAAGAGAAACUGGCUGGAUUUCAUCUUGCCAUUGAUGCUCGUGGCAUACGAGGAAUCCGUAUACUCUCAACAUCCGGAUCGUUAUCAGCUUGGGUCGGAGAUUACCAAGGAAUAGCGAGACGGAACUUGGUAUUGUCAAGCAGUGAGCCUGUUGCUGUAGGGUAUAUCAAAGCUGGUUUCGAUGCGCUCAAGUUGGUAUCCCUCUCAAUCGCGGGUAGUGAAGUUGGGGCUACAUCUUCACAGAGGACGGAGAGAGACACGCAACUCUGGUACCCGGAGCCGCCCCGACUUGGUUUGCAAGCCUUGGGACCAUUGCAUCCAGACCUUCCACCGAAACCCAAUCAUAUUCCUUGGUCUAGGGCCAUAUUUGGGGGACAGAACGGGGAUUUCACUGGCGGUCUAGUCGAGAUUGUGUUUUGGGCUACUGCCAUACGUUUCGAAGGGAUUUUAUGUAUACAUGGUGUUGAGUUCAGGUUCAACUCUUUUGUGGAUGGUAGCGAUUCUGUCGUCCUCGGCAAAAGGUUUGAUCCGGAUGCAGAAAACAUUUACGUUUCCAACCUGACGUUGGACCCCACUGCGGGCGAGCGGAUUAUCCAACUCGAGGCUGCAUAUGAUAUCGACGUUCUCCAGGGAUUUACGAUUGAAACAAACCUAGGUCGCAGAAAAGAAUUCAUCCCUUUUCCUAACCACCUUGACCCCGUUACGACUGUCUGGGAUGUGUUUCGACCUAGCAAUGGUACCAUUGUGGGUAUGUUCGGAGCAUUCGGAGCCUGGGGUCGUCGCAGUGGACUUCGAAGCAUUGGUGUGAUUGUUGAUGAGGAUCUUCGUUCGUCAUAAUUGUACAACUGAUUACACCAAGUCCAUCAUUUGUGAGGAUAUCACCUUCACUUUAACAUGCCAGG